AUGGAUAUUUUAAGGACAGCUAGAGCAUUUUCGGCGUCAUUGAGCGUAGAUUUGACUAUCGGAAAGGAUGGUAUAGCACAAUACCCAGGUGAUUUGAGUCCGAUUAGUGCACCAAAUGAGAAAGAGGAGGUUGAUGGGGUUCAAAGUAGCGUUGUAUUGGAAGGAGAAGGCCGAAGCAAGAAAUACAGGGGAAACCGGAUAGUUGGAAAUAGACAUACAAAUAUAUGCCGCCUUCCCAGCAUCGUGGUUCACUAG